AUGUCACUCUUUGUCUACUCUCCAACUCUGUUAGCACUGGGUGCUCUCUCUUUGACCCUUCUCUAUGUCGCCUAUCGUGCAGCCUUGCCUCGUCCAAUCCCAGGCAUCCCUUACAAUCAAGAGGCUGCAAAGUCCAUUCUGGGCGACGUGCCUCAGUUCCUGUCUUAUGUCAAAGAGAACAACGGCCAGGCUAUUAGAUGGUGGCAUGAACAACUCGAAAAGCAUGAUUCUCCCAUCAUCCAACUAUUCUUGUCCCCUUUUGGUCGUCCUGUAGUCGUCAUAGCCGACUUUCGUGAGGCCCAGGAUGUCCUCCUCCGCAGAUUCAAAGAGUACGACCGCAGUCAGGUCUUUGACGAUGUCUUCAGCGGUGUUCUUCCUCAUCACCAUAUCAUACAGAAGACAACCGAGAAAGUCAAAGCGCAGAAACGCCUGUUGGCCGAUACUAUGCUGCCAUCUUUUCUCGAACAGGUUGCUGCCCCUCGUAUCCAUGAAGCAACGCUAGACCUCGUACGGUUGUGGAACUUGAAAGCAGAUCUUGCUCAAGGCCGACCUUUCGAAGCCCAUGAAGAUAUAGCACACACCGCGCUUGAUGCCAUUUGGGUUGUCGCUCUAGGCUCUUCAGCCGACACUAUUGCAAAUCAGGCGAAUCUGUUAGCGACCACGUCAGGAAUGCAACUUCCGGCAGACGAGGAUGUACCAGUCGUUNUUCCCCAAGCUCCUCAUCCACCAGCCUUCAAUGCGGUCUUGACCAUGGUGGAAUCCGUGACUCCCUUGAUAUCAUCUCCAUUCCCCAAACUUCAUCAUUGGANNUUUUUGCGGCAGAGCAAAUCGUACAAGGAUGCCAAGCGGUACAAAGACCAGGAGAUAGAGGUCAUGAUGAAGGCAGCGAUCGACAAGUUCUCUGAAGAUCAGAUUGAUGCUCUGGAAAAGCAGGGCAAAGAUCGAUCGGCUCUGGAUCAUAUGAUUCGACGCGAGCUUCUGGCAUCUAGGAAGGAAGGCAGAAGUCCUCAGUGA